CACAACAGCAAGCAACAACCGAAAUUCAUAAAAGUCCAGGAUUUGUCUAUAUCUUUAUUAAAUUUGGCAAAAAAUGGAUACUGGGAAUGCAUCAUAUCCUCCUUUAGGAAUGAGCUCUGUGACAUCGCAAAUCGCACCAAUUCGAGACGUGUGGGCAACGAAUCUGGAACAAGAAAUGACUUUGAUCAUGAACUUGGUUUCGCGUUACCCGGUAAUCUCUAUGGAUACAGAGUUUCCAGGCGUUGUGGCCCGACCUUUAGGAAUUUUCAAGAGUAGCGGUGAUUAUCAUUACCAAACGUUACGAGCAAAUGUAGACACUUUAAAAAUCAUUCAAAUCGGAUUGGCCAUGAGCGACGAGGAUGGAAAUGUUCCUCCUGAAGCAUUCACUUGGCAGUUCAACUUUCGAUUUAAUAUUCAAGAAGAUAUGUACGCUCCAGAAAGUAUUGAACUUCUUACGAAAAGCGGAAUUGAUUUUAAAAAGCACCAAGAGGCAGGAAUUGAACCUGCUGACUUCGCUGAACUACUUAUUGGAAGCGGUCUUGUCCUUCAGGAAGAUAUCACUUGGGUUACCUUUCACAGUGGGUACGACUUUGCAUAUUUGUUGAAAGCCAUGACUCAGCUGUCUUUACCCAGUGAGUACGAAGAGUUCUACAAAAUAUUAUGUAUUUACUUCCCUAAAACAUAUGAUAUAAAAUAUAUUAUGAAGUCGCUUCUCAAUAAUUCAAAGGGUCUUCAGGAUAUUGCUGAUGACUUGCAAAUCAACCGUAUAGGUCCUCAGCACCAGGCUGGCAGUGAUGCUUUACUUACCUCUAGAAUUUUCUUUGAGAUUCGAUCUCGGUAUUUUGACGGCAAUAUCGACAGUCGGAUGCAGAAUCAACUCUAUGGUUUAGGCUCUUCUGGUAGUUCUUUGUGGAUGAAUACCCCAAAGCCUCAGUUCCGUGAUUUGCCAGGUGCCCAGCCUAGUCCUAAACCCACUACUCCAAAUAUCUCUUCUACCUUUGCCAAUCCACCUGCUUCCGUUUCUCUCAGCAAUUCUAAUUUCCGCUUCCCUCCUCGAGUCAUUUAGAAUUCCGCUUCUUCUUUAUCAACUUAUUAUUUUAUCCUUCAACCCAUGAGCUAUUUAAUUCUUUUGCUUUUUUUUGAACUUUAAAAAGUACAUUGUAUAGCGUUCCGUGUUCAUGCUUUCUAUUCCCUACCUUCUAUUUUCGUCCUUAUCUAUUUUUUCCCCAUACAACCUUACCGUUUCGCACUCCUUCUAUAUCCCUUUACCCGUCUCAAGUUUGGCUUUCUUGUCCCACUCCUUUUUCCCUCUUUGUUUACCGCGUGAUACUUUGUAGAUUAGGACAUAGAUCGUUUAUCUUUUGUGAAUAUGAAAGGAGCAAGUGGUGCUCUACUUUGAAAAGCAUAUUCUAUGAAGUAAUUUUGUUUAAUAUCUGCUACUAAUAUAAUCCUUAUGGAUUGACGUGUCCAAAUAGACCUUGGCAAUAUAUUCUUUUACCACAAUCAA